AUGGAAACAAAGGACGCGCCCUCGGGAAGAGAAAUGGGGGCGUCAAUGUUUGAGUCAGUGGCUCGCGGCAAAGAGGGUUUUGGUGCGCGAGAAAAUGGAGAGAGUGUGAGUGGAGUGGAGCAGAGGGUGUUCAGAAAGGGUUGGUAUUUGGUUUUGAUGCUUGAAGUUGAUGAAGGAGUAUCCUUCGCAUUCAACUCAGUCAUCUCUUCCAAAUUGUUGUUUCCUACGGGUGCAAGAAACCAAAGUUCUGAUUUGAUGGUUUUUCAAACCCUCACUAUAAAACCAUCUCUUACACUCCUCAAAGCUUCUUCACCAGAAGAUAUACUUUUCUUUUACAAGAGCACCAUUUCCAUCCAGUGCCUCUUGAACCCCAGCACCAUGGAUAAAAACAUUCUUUUCUCAGUCUCAGACAGUGGGAGCAGUACUUCUAGCAACCUAGACUACACCAUUACCUCUGCUAACUCAGUGGAUGUCCAAGAAACGGAGUGGUCAAGUGUUCCGCAGCAAGUUGUACCAUUAUCAUCACCACCUCCGAGAUCUAAAAAAGCUAAGACGGUGGUGCUUUCAUUGCUACCGCCGUCACCAUCCUCAAAGCCUGACAAACCCAUGAGUGUGGUGCCGGUAGCAUCACAAUCAGGAGCGUUAUGGAGAAACAGUUACGUUUCCGGAUGGAGUGGUGCAAGCCAACGCCAGACUUAUUACCAUCCUUAUCAGAGGGAGAUCGGUCAGCAGCCACUGAGAACCGUGGAUUUCCUGUCUCAGAUGGAGGCAUGCAGUUCGUCACCAAUUCAAGCUCCCAGGGCAAACCCUACAAUUGAAAUGCUUGAAGACUGGGCAGCCUCGCUUGGCCUUGGACAUGGAAAGAAGAGGCCUUUUUAUUUGAAACUGAAGCUUUAG